AUGGCGGCGUCGUGGGUGGCCGGGCGACGGAGGACAGGCCGGCGGACGGCUGGGCAACGCUGGGCCGCGGCAGAGCAGCAUAUUUCCCAGUGCUUUAACCGCGUCACCAGCCAUGGCAGGCGGCAACAGCAAUGGCGAAGCGAGGCAGCAGCGAAGGCGGUCGCGGGCGGCAACGGCGGCACGGCUCGCCAGUUGAUACUGGUGAAUCUGAGGACUUAUGAGGACAUAUAUGAUAGGGCUCAGGCUCUUGAGCGGGAUCAGCCAGCGCCUGCAGCACCGGGGUCUUCAGGGGCUGAACACGAGCCGGAGCCGGAAGAGUCUCUAGCGGGAGACAAUCCAAUGGACGUGGAUCUUGAAGCGAUCCCUGAGGAAGAACUAGAAGAGGAAGAACCCGAGGCUGAGCCUGAGAACGAGCCUGGUGAGCCAGAAGAAGAACCGGUGUUCAUUCCCCCAUAUGAGCAGUGGAUUGACCCCGAUUUUGUGCCGGAGUACGAGUCCGAUGAGGAGACUGUGGAGGAGGAGCAGAUAGAAGUACCAGCAGAAUCGGGUGAUAUUAAUAACCCGAUCGAGAUCGAAGUCGAACCGGAGUCCUCGGAGGAGCCGACAGUCCAGGGGGACUCAGAGUCAGAGGACGAAGAAUCAGACUCAGAGUGA